AUGGAUAACGGUACUGAGCCGAGCCACCAGGGCGAAGCCGCCGAUGCGGGCCACGAUGACUCGGGGGGCGCUUCGGAGGCUGCGGCGGCCCUCGCUUGCAACUGUUGCCGGCGCCGGAAGCUGCGAUGUUCCCGAGAGGUGCCAACAUGUCAGCAGUGCCGCAAGACAGGAAGCGAUUGUGUUUAUGAAUCGAAACGGUCCAAGCCGGGGAUGAAGGCUGGGGCCAUUGAGAACCUGCAUCGGAGACUUGAUGCGUUAGAAAGGACUGUUCACCAACAACGGACUAAGAAUUCAUCAAAAGACUGCAGACAAUCCGAUUCAAAUCACUCACCUAAUCAAGAUGAUGCCAGUGGCUCCAAUGGCGCCCUCGAAAAGAAUGCAUAUAGCAUCAUGGCAUUCUUCGCCAAAGAGCUACAAAAGUUCAACACUAAAAGCGGAAGCUCACCCAGCGAAGAGCGUGCGGAGACCGAGUCACCAGUACGAGCCAAGCGGCGUCGACUUGAUGAUCAUGAACCUUUUAAUAUUGCCUUCACGUGUAAUUCCAGCCCUACUUCGCCUGUCUUGCCAGAUGAAGAGGACCUUGAGAUUGUACUCAAGGCUUAUUUUGCACACAUUCAUCCAUGGAUUCCGAUUAUACACGAGGCGAGAUUCCGCCGUCGACUUCGAGAGCCCGGAGAAGCCAAACUUUUGCUUGCAGUAUUACAUGCCAUGGUCCUUUCUGCGUCAAGAUACAUAUCUGACGAAGAUGUUGCGACCAACUUAUUCGGCACGCUCCAGCAAAGAGGCAUCACCCGUGAUUGGAUCGUGUCAACAUCGAUGAAAACGUUCGACGUGGAAAGCCACCAAGCUCUCAUCAUUGUCGCAUUCAACGAUAUUGGAAGUGGUGAGGCUGCAAAAGCCUGGUCUCUCGUUGGUUCACUGACCCGGACCGUCGAGUAUCUCCAACUCACCGUCGAACACGACGACGUCGACCGGCCAUCACUAUCUCAACCUUUCGUUUCACUCGCUCCGCCAGAAAGCUGGACCGAGGCCGAAGAGAGGCGCCGGGUCUUUUGGAACGUCUUCAAGCUCGAUAGACUCAUCUCAGUCACCAUGGGCUGGAACACAAGUCUAACCUCAGACGACGUGCACUGCCGUCUCCCCUGCGACGGCGUUCUCUGGCGUAAAGAAGACGAAGUCGUGACACCCUACUUCGGGAUAUGGGACAAAGCCGCCGGCAGAAUAGGCAACCCCAUUGCCUUCAUCCCGUCCCACUACGCGCCGGCAUUGCAAGUAGGUGCCUCAGAGGAAGAAACCCAUACGCCCUCCGACGCCGGCACGUCACCGGGGGCGCCGGCCGCCAGCGUCGACAUGUCUACCGUCGGCGCCUUUGCCUACUGCAUCGAGGCGACCGAGUCCCUGAGCAGGGUCACGAGCUACUUCCUUCAGCAAAAGAUCAACAUGCGGGACCAACGCGACAUCAGUAGCUGGCUCACACGCUUCAAGGAGCUCGACCUGCGCCUGGUCCACUGGAAGAUGCUCCUGCCCCAGAAAUGGAAGGCCAAUAUGGCGCGGCAGUCGACGCGGAUGGAUCCCAACCUCACGCUGGCGCACGUCACGCACAAUACGUCCAUGAUUCUGCUCCAUCAGCUGAUUGCCUUCCCUCCGAGGGAGUGGCCUUUCAGGGCCCGGCUGCCGAGUAUUCUGAGCGCGGACACGUGCCAGGCUGCCGCCGUGGAGAUUGCUAUCAUUGCGGAGAAUUACUUGAAGCACGCGCCUGCGGUGAUGCCUGUUUCGAGCCAGUUUGUGUUCUGUAUCUAUGUGGCCGCCAGAGUGCUCCUCCUUCGAUGGCGGUAUGAUCUCGGGACUGAAUUGGCUUCCGAGUUCUGGUCGCUGGUUCAGAUUGUGAAUGAUAUGGCGACACGAUGGGCUGGCCCGCACAGCUUAGAGCCUGCGAGAGACAACUUGGCUGGGAAGUAUUCGAGGAAGCUCACGGAGAUGCAUUUACGUUGCCGCGAUGAUGCAACUUUCAACGUCAACGUCCUAGGCUACACCACAGAAAUCGAUCACACAGCUGCUCAGGAGCCUCCGUUGUCUGCCCACAUCAGACGGAAUGAGACCGGGAGACAUGAGGGAACCACUACCAAUAGACGAAACAGGCGGUUCGCAGAUACACAGGUCGAGCCCGCUGCAGGUAGUCUCGACACCAUCGUCGUGGCUCAACCGCUCCCAUCCAACAUUCCCGCAUCAUUUACCAAUCCAACGCAGAGCGCAAUGCUCCUAACCCCAGGGCUAGGCGUCAAUGGCGCUGAGCCGAUGGCCCAGCCCUCCCUGUACCACAGAAGCAGCGUCGGUAGUGGCGAUUUGAGCAAUAUUUCCCAGAUGCUCCUUGACCAGCAAUUCAUGGACAUGGAUAGAAUCAUCAGCUAUGAUGACGGCAUUUUCGAAACUGAAUACGAUGGUGGAGGAUGGUAA